AUAGCAUGUGCGCAUCUGAUGUUGUAUCCUUGCCAGGCUAAAUAUUUCCCGGCAUUGUUGUCCUACCACUUCUAAUCUUCGCGCUUCUCUAAAAACUGUUUUAGUAGAGUCCAAAGAUGCAGAGGUCCACGUCUGAUGACGCCUCUCGAUCGCGACCUCUGCAGACUUCCAAAAGCUUCAGUCGUCUGGAGACCACGUCUGACAGCCCGUUGACACGAAGUCGCGCCAGCACUGUUGGAGCUGAUCCUAUUCCGGAGAUCCUGGCGCACGAGAUAGCUCCUUCGACAGAGUCAGAAGACGAAGCAGCCAAGGUCGACUUUUUUACAACAAAGGAAGAUGACGAGCCUACGAACGAUGGCGAUGAAGCAGAGGAUGCAGUCGUCGAAGGACCCCCGACUUUAGAGCAGCUGCCUAUUGAGAUUCGUAGUAUGUUGGAAAGGUUUCUUGAAUCACUUACGGCCAAAGUGCACCCAACGCCAUUGUCUGUUGAUACCCUCUCAGACAUGUUCCAAGAAUUCUAUACUCGUGCAAGCUCUCAGAUAGGAACGCACAUAGCCGCGCUUGCAUCACGAAUAGGAAGGGAGACACGUUCAAGUUCAGGUGAUGUGAUAGUUGGCUCUCAUCCCAAGAUGACGCGGACUUCAAGUAGCGGAUCCGAGAUGCUGACGCCGUCUGAGGUUACUGAUCGACGAAAAGCACGAAGACAGCUAGAACUGAAAAGAGUAGCAUUAGAAGAGGCUGUUGAACGAGUCGUGUGCAGCAAAUUAUACGAGAAACUGUGGAGACACCGAAGUACUGAUGAUGGAGAAAGAGAUCAGAAGCUUCGAUCUAGGAUCGCAGCAUUAGCGUUGGUGGGGAUAGGAUUGAAAGAGCUUCUCGUGUCUAGCGAAGAUGUGACAACUGAACUACGUGAAACCACGGCUCAAAACGAAGAGAUCAUAAAGGAAUGGCUUGCGGGUGCCAGAAACGGGCUCGCUCGUAUGGAUGAGGAGCAGUACCCGCUUGGCAAGCUACAACAGCUGACCGCUGUUCAUAAAAGCAUCGUCGAGACACUUUCCCGGAUUUUCCCAGCCUCAUCGUCUGCGGAUGAAAUCCUUCCUACCCUCAUAUACACAUUGAUCACCUCACCGCCCGAAUCUGUGAACGUCAUCAGCAAUGUUAAUUUUAUUCAGCGUUUCCGUGCCAAUACUCGCAUGGAUGGAGAAGCUGCAUAUUGUCUAGUCAAUCUGGAGGCUGCUAUAUCAUUUCUUGAGACAGUAGAUCUCUCGUCGCUGCGAGCUGGUGAAUUGCCUUCAGGCCCAGAUAAAGCUAGUAGUCACACCACACCCAGGAGUGAGAGCGGCCCUAUGAACUUGGGGCUGUCACAAGAACCUGAGGCCCCAACAUCGCACACAGAAAUAGCAUCAAAAGGGCAGGUCACGCCAACGCCCCGAGCACAGCGGCGUCUCAGUAAUCUCAUCACUUCCCAAACCACCAAAAUCGAAGCUGCAAGUGACGCUGUACGAGAGAGCAUCAAGUCUAGUGCGGAUCAAGCUCUGGAUACUAUCAACAACACUCUCGAAGAGAGCAUGAAGUUUUUCUUUGGACGAUUGAGAGAGCAACAGAAGAAUAACAGUGCCAUAGGUCCAGAUGAGAACAUCAUUCCGAAGACCUUGGAGGAUGCACGUAAGCUCGUGAGUACGCCACCGCCGGAAGAAGAUGCAGCGAGCACAAACGAGGACGGAAAACCAGACGAGCCACUCUCCCGCCUCGAUAGCAAGCUCUCCGAUAUCUUCGGUGGGAAACGUCCCUUACGAGAACGAAGCGUCGAUAGUACGAAGAGUGGUGGGAGCGGGAAACGAGUUGCUUUCGCAUCCGAGAAGAAUUCAACGGCCAAUACCGCUAGUAUUAUUCAAACUGCAACUGGUACGACUCCGGUAGCGACCGGUAAUGCAGCAGUAGAGUCGAUGCGGACUCUCGGCACAUCUCUGAACCCACUGAAUCGAUUUGCCAACAUCAAUAUGAUACCACGCUUCGGUCGCGGUCCCGCUACAUCAACUCCCUCUGGUGUCACCGCGACUGCGACCGCAACCGGGAUAGGGAAGGACCUCGCUACGAAGUCAGAGACCGUGUCUAUUCCAGACGAUAAGGCUGUGAAAGCAUUGACGGCCUUGGAAGAGCUGAAGAAGACCUCACCACCACUUAAAAAGUACAUGGAAAUGAAAGAUGCGAAAACAGUUCGAAUAGGAGAGGUGGACGAGUUGCUGAAGGAAUAUCAGAGGCUUGCAGCAGCAUUGCGGCAAGCUCUGCAAUCUGGGUUGUGAUUAUAGAAAUUUUUGAACAUUUCCCUUCCAAAUCUAGAUUUGGUCUUAGCCUUGGUUUGCCUCAUCCAUUGCGUAGAUGGUGUUUGGAGUCAUAAAACUCAAAAUUACGCCAAAUAUUGUUGAGAACUAGCACCUGGUCAUGUCUGGUCACUAGAUAGAACUUUGUAUGCCGUACGAUAAUAACGCUUU